AUGACAAAUACGACAAAUAUUAGUCACAUCAUAUGUGAAAAUGACGAAACAAAGGGUAAAGCAGUACUAUAUUUCUUUUUAGGUGACAUCACCAAGCAUUACAAUUGUGUGAUAUGUGAAGAGAUUGAUAGAGUUGUGAAAAGAUUUCUUAUUGAUGCCAUGGAUUAUAGAAAAGAUUAUUUUGCUUCUGGUUUUGAUAAAAGUAUUACUGGGAAAUCUGAUACUGCUACAUGGAUACGAUUCACUUACACCGACAACACAACAAUACCCCUGUACAUUGGAGGAUUCUUCAUAACAACUGGUCAACAUUUGAUAUGGGCAGGGGGUGCAUACCCAGGAGUGAUAUUGGCAAUAGAACACAUAAACAACGAUCCAAGCAUUCUACCAGGUUACCACAUCGAGCUGAUUGAAGUGAACACUAAUGGUGAUGCGGGUGUGGCAAUGCGGUAUUUAAUUGACAUGAUACAGUCUCCGCCACAGAAAAUAAUGCUCUUUGGAGCAAUGAAAUCAGAAUCGAGUAUUGCAUUAGCAGAGACGGCUAAAUGGUGGAAUCUUUUACAGAUUGCAUGUAGUAACAAUUGGCCAGAAUUAUCCGAUCGUUCAAGGUUUCCAUUCUAUUUCCGGACAGCCAUGCCGCAAACACUAUUUGCACCAGCACGUAUUGCCAUUUUGAGACAAUUUGGGUGGAAACAAGUGGCGAUUAUGCAUCGAGACGACAAUUCUUUCAAUCAAGCAUCAAAGGUACUCGCGGAGGCAUUGGUUGCUAAUAACAUAACACUCAUGGGUUUAGAAUUGUUUCCAACCGAAGACGACCCUGGUAAUGCCAUACGGAAUCUUAAGAAAAGCGAUGCUCGCAUUAUAUUCACCUAUAACUUUGACAUGGUGUCCCAUUUUUGUGAGGCAUACAAAAACAAAAUGUAUAGUCCUCGGUAUGUAUGGAUAACAGCUACAAUGCAAACAUUGAAAACUAGAUAUGGUAGUUAUUGGUGGGAGAACGUUGAUGCGGUGGACUGUACUCCGGAAGAAAUUAAGACUGCAGCCCAAGGAAUGAUAAUGUUCGCCGAAGCACCAAUUCGACAUGACGGGAUUAUGCCAUCAUCUGGAAUUACUGUCGACCAGUUCCGUGCAGAGUACAGCAAUUUGUCUGCCUCACUUGGAAUGCCCUACAGUGUAUUUGCGGCACCAGCGUAUGACAGCAUAUGGGCAAUGGCACUGACCUUAAACGAAUCAAUGCACAAUUUACCAGACAAUAAAACCUUGCAGAAUUUCACAUAUGAUGCUUCGGAUAUGUCAGCUGUGUUCUUGGAUGCAUUUUAUAACCUGAAAUUUGAAGGAUUGUCUGGUCCAGUCAUGUUUACCGAAACCGGUGAUAGAAUAGGGAGUCUUGAUGUAUAUCAAUUAGUAGGUGAAUCUCAUGUUAUUAUAGGAACAUACUAUUAUGACACUGACGAAUUUAUUAUGGAUACCAAUUUCUUCUGGGAAGGUGGCGACAUUCCACGUGAUCACGGACUAACAGAAACACAACACGUGAAAAUCAGUAAUAUUAUUUAUUAUAGUGCCUGUGUUCUAAUAUCCUGUGGAUCCAUCUUAGCACUGUCAUUCUUGGCUUUCAACGUGGUGCAUCGACAGAAACGGUUUAUUAAAAUGUCCAGUCCAAACUUGAACAACAUGAUUGUUGUUGGGGCUUUAUUGGUGUAUAUCUCAACAAUACUUUUCGGAUUGGAAAGUGGAGUUCAUGCUCUGGCUGUUUGUCAGCCUGAUCCAAGUGGAAGGGACGUGACGAUCGUACCGGUAAUAUUGGAAUGUAUAUCUGAGCAUGACCUUGUAUGGGUAAUCUUACUAUUUGGUUAUAAAGGAAUGGUAUUGUUAUUUGGUGUCUUCUUAGCAUGGGAAACCAGACAGGUCAAAUAUCCUCAGCUUAAUGACUCACGUUAUAUUGGUUUUGCUGUCUACAAUGUCACAGUUAUGUGUUGUAUUGGAGUACCUGCAACUAUGUUCCUCAGUCCUCUACAGAAGGAUCUUCAAUUCAUUCUAACCUCCCUGUGUAUUACAUUCUCAACAACGGUUACGCUUUGCAUUGUUUUUGUGCCAAAGAUAUUGGAAUACCGUGACACCUUACGGUUUAUAGAUGCAGCACCACCAGCUGUCAUGACGUUUACUCAAGGCACAGUUCACAAUGACAGCGUAUUCCCUCAUACAAGCGGCUCGUGUAGACUUGCUGAAGAAGAACUCGUCAGGUACAGACAGAUGUAUCAGGUUUUAAACAGCCUUGUAUCAACUGGUUUACACCCAAGAGUGGCAUCCAUAUUCCGUCACUUUAUUAGUGAGCUUCCAUACAUAUAUGUCAUUACGCCUACUUACGCAAGAUCGGUGCAGAAAGCAGAACUCACACAACAUAAACAUCGAGGAGUUGACCAAAGAAAUCUUGGGUUAGCAUGGAUACGACAAAAUCUCAGGCCUAACGUAUCAAGAGGAGUUGUUUACUUUGCGGAUGACGAUAAUACAUACUCAAUUGAGAUAUUUGAAGAGAUGAGAUAUACUAAAAAAGUAUCUAUAUGGCCAGUCGGCCUUUCCGGUGGGUUACGCUAUGAAACUCCUAUAAUUGGUCCUGAUAACAAGGUGAAGUCUUGGCAUGCAUGGAACUCUUCUGAAAGGAAAUUUGCUACUGACAUGGCGGGGUUUGCUAUUAAUCUGAACCUAUUGUUGAAUAACCCACAUGUGUGGUUUAGUCACACAAGGCAAUCUGGCUUUUUAGAAUCGUCUCUGCUUUCACAGUUGGUAGAACUGAAUGAUUUGGAACCGAAGGCUGACAACUGCACCAAGGUACUGGUUUGGCACACAAAAACUAACACCCCGGUUUUCACAAAAGACAAGACAUGGAAUUUAGAGAUAUAA